GGCGGGAGCGGGCCCGCGGCGCUCCCGGCCAGGCCGCAGGGGGCGGUCCGGGCCCGGCGCCUCUCUCGCGGGCGCAGGCGCCGCCGUGGGCCCGCGGUGGAGGGCAGCUCGCCCCGGGACGGCGGCUCCAUGCGCUGCCAGGUCUCGGUGCUGUAUUUCGCCAGGAGCGCAGAGCUGGCGGGGCUGCGCUGCGAGACCCUCUCGGUGCCACGGGAGAUCACCUCUCUGCAGCUCUGGGAGGAGAUCGUCAAGGUCCACCCCAGGCUUGCUGUCCUCCGGGAUCAAGUGGUAUUUGCUGUUCGUCAGGAGUACGUGCUUCUUGGAGAUCAGCUCCUGGUCCUGCAGCCUGGAGACGAGGUUGCCAUCAUCCCACCAAUUAGUGGAGGCUGAACCUGCCCACGUUCUGUUAGGUCUGAAAAUGUGAUUGCAAUUCUCCCUCCACCCCAGUACUCUUGAGAAAACCCAACCUGUGUUUCCGUCUGUUUUUCUAUUGUGAUAUGGAAGAAAGCGAAGAUGUGCCAAAAGAUUUUAUCAAGCUCAAGUCUGAAAAACUCUCUGUAGAUGAAGUGUCAGAGCUGGUUGUUUCACCAUACUGUGGGGCAGUGUCUCUCUUCAUUGGUACUACAAGAAAUAAUUUUGAAGGAAAAAAAGUGAUUCACUUAGAAUAUGAAGCCUAUACUUCAAUGGCAGAGACGGAAAUAAAGAAAAUCUGCAGAGAUGUUAGACAGAAAUGGCCUUCAGUCAAACAUAUUGCAGUGCACCAUAGACUUGGUGUGGUUCCAAUAACUGAAGCAAGUGUAAUUAUUGCAGUCUCCUCUCCGCACAGAGCAGAAUCCCUUGAAGCUGUAAUGUACUGCAUCAAUACCUUAAAAGCAUGUGU